AUGCGUCGCGACGCCCUUGAGCAGCUGGUCCGUGAUGCAUGUGAUGAGUCGUCGGAGCGCAUCUUGGCGGUGCUAGGCUCGAGGCUGGAGUCUCUCGGCCGUCUCUCGGUGAACCUGCAGCUGGGACCGAGCAUCCGUGGUGAUCGCCGCGUGGGUUCUCGCCUGGCGUCGGCCCGGAACCUCGAUGAAGUGGUUACUGCUGCGGAACCAAACAUGGAUGUUGGCGAAGGCUCGACGCUGGACAUGGCAACUAUGCGCGCCCAGCUGCACUCUGCUGAGUCAGCGCAGGCUGCUGCAGAGAAUCGGUUGCGGUCGCAGACGUACUCUUUGGAGAACCAGAAGGUAUUCUUGAAGAACGCGAACGACGAGAUCGCACAGCUGAAGAAGGAUGUAGCGCAUCUUCGUCAGCUGGAGGCUCAUUACAUCGUCGAGCUCGAGUCGUCGAACGCCGCCAUGGGUGGCCUCAGAGAGUGUUCCGAGCGGCAGGAGAAUCGUGUCAGGGUGGCCGAAGACUCGCAAGCUCGAGCUCUAGCUCAGUUGAAACGUGAGCAGGAGGUCUACAAGGCGGCCGUUGCUUCGUCGACUGCUCAAAGCAGGCGCUUGCACGAUCUGCUGGCUCGCUCGGACGCCGCCGACGACACCGCACCAGCUCGCCUUCGCCGCCGCAAUGAGGACCUCGAAGAGCAAGUGAAGCGGCUGACCCGUGCCAACAAGACGCUUCGCGCUCACGUGCAGCUGGAAGAAAUGGACCCCGACGUCCUGGUCCUCGCCGUAGAAGGUAUCUCGACUGGUGAACUCAAUUGGAGCUUGCUGGAUUUUACUCCCGAGUCUCUCGCGAUUUUGCAGAAGCAGUACCGUACAGCAGACCGCUCCAAGCCGGACAGAGAUAUCGCCGAAGACUCGGCUCGGACUGCCUUCUCACUGAAUGACUCCAUUGGGGAUCCCUUGCGCAAGGACACUCCCGCUGGUGCUAACAAGACCACUCCGGGGAUGUCUGCCACUGCAGUCAAGAAAUCUCGCGCGUCGCGUCGGUCAUCGUCUUCUCCACGGUUCUUGUCCCGCAAGAGGAAGGCGUCGGAGAAGCCAAAGAAGUUGCCCAAGAAGCGGAAGGAGUCUCGCUGGGCACGAAGUCGUUCUGCGUCGGUGCCUCGCGGCUCUCCGGUCUACGCGCGCUUCAUCGGUUCCAGUGUCUCUCCGCCCACGAGUCCUACUCCAGUCGCGAAGGCUACUGCGCCCUCUGUUCCUGGUUCUGCGCCGCCUGCUGCUUCUGCGGAAACUCCUGUCCAAGCUGUUGUCCCAGUCUCUGGUUCCGGUGAUGAUCCACAAAUUUUGAAUUGCGAGUUGCCGACUCCUAUUCCCGGGGAUGCUCGGAUUGCUGCCACGGCUGCUGGUAUCAAGGCGUUUAAAGACUUCAAGAACCCGGACCACCCUUGGCAGCAGCUUCGCCUGCGUCUCCUGGAGCACGCAUGUUUGUUCGACACCCAUGGAUUUGAUCCUUCUGUCAAGGUCUCCCAGCGAGCGCCCCCGACGACUCGAGUUAACGGGUAUUGGAGCAACUUUCGAGGGUACGGGGAUCCUGUCGACAUUGAUCUUGGGUUCUCGGAUUGGGAGCGUUACCACUGGAUUCCGGCUCCCGCCGUGGAGAAUUGCUUCCGGAUCGCUACCAAGGAGCUGGAAGGGAAUAAUUGGUCCCCUGAGGCGAAGGCCAAAGUUCGAGCUGAGCUGGACGAGGCCAAGGCUGAGUGGUUGGCGUAUGCUGCCGAGCGGAACAAGCGCUGGGAUCGGUUCCGAGCCAAGAUCAUCUACCAGGUCUGGAGAUGGUUUGUCAGCAAGGAACCGAAGUUCGCUGCUCUCCACACCGAGUCUUUGUUUGAGUCUUCUAUGCUGGGUUGCCCUUUCGACAACCUCACGUGGCUGCUCAAGACGACCGACUGGGUCAGCGAGAUUUCGGCGUUGGACGCGGCUGAGCCGUGGCGUAAUGGCUGGGUGGAUGUUCCUGCCCAGCAUCCGUACAACACGACGUUCUUCCCCUCCAAUCCAAGGUUUCCGCUGUUCGUCCCAGCAAACACCACGCGCGAGGAAGUCGGGCACCAGAUCGUCGUUUGUCCCGACCUCACGCCAAACGAAAUCGCGGCUGAUUGGGAUGCUGGUUUCCGUGAACCUGCCCAAACUUCCGACGAGUCUUCGGGUCCUGAGCCAAGCGAGCCUCCGGCGUCUGCAGCUACUUCUCACGUGGCUCUCGACAACUCGGACCACCUCCAGGUGCUGGCGCAGGCUGCAGCUUCUGCUGAGUUGCAGGAUGACGCUCGCGAGGAUGGUGACGACUAG